AAUGACUAUUACCGAAAGAGGUAAAAUUGAACACGAUACUUUGCCACUCCUUCAAUAUUCGUUGCAAAAAUUUACAGAAUUGGCAUUCCUAAAAACAAGUUUUAAGAGGGGCAGAAAUGGCGGCAAGGCUAAAUGAGGCAGCAGAAGAACCUUUUUUGAGCUGAAUCAUCGGUGACCAUGUUUAUGGCAGCAAUGAUACAAACGCGAAACAAGCUACUGAAUCAUAAUCCAAAUCCUACUUUCGGUUUCACCACAGUUGCAGCUUCUGUUCUUCACUCUUUCUCAAAUCACUCUGUUUUUCCCUCCAUUGAUAGAACAAAAAACGUAUCUUUUUCUCCAACCCAAGAACCAGUAUUUCAGUUCAAAGACUUUACUAAUAUCUUGAAUAACAAUACAAAACAUUUGGGAGCUGUUGUUUUGCCGGAAAAGUCAGUUUGUUCUGUUUCUAUAGUUUCAGACAAGUGUGAGUUUCUAGUGCAAAAAUACCUACUUUCUUUUUCUGAAAACGAUGCCCAAAGACUCCAUUUGGAUAUUAUUAAAUAUGGGGUUGUUAAAGAUUUGUACUUGUGCAACACACUUAUUAAUUUGUAUGUGAAAAAUGCUGAUUUGAUCUCUGCUCAUCACGUGUUUGAUGAAAUGCCGAGCAGAAAUCUAGUUACGUGGGCGUGUUUGAUUACGGGUUAUUCACAGAAUGGGAUGCCUGAUGAGGCAUGUGGAGUUUUCCAAGAAAUGGUUUCGUCUGGGUUUAUUCCUAAUCAUUAUGCUUGUGGUAGUGCUUUGAGGUCUUGUCAGGGUUUAGGUGCUUGUGGGUUGAGGUUGGGGAUGCAAAUACAUGGUUUGCUUUUGAAAACAGGGCAUGCUUCUAAUGAAGUUGUUUCCAAUGUCUUGAUCUCGAUGUAUGGAAGUUGUGCAGGUAAUGGUGAUUAUGCUUGGCGUGUUUUUGAAGAGAUAGAGAAUAAGAAUUCAGUAUCUUGCAAUUCUAUUAUUUCAGUUUACUCUCAGCGAGACUCAGUUUCUGCCUUUGAGCUCUUCUCCUUAAUGCAAAAAGAUGAUUUGGGGUUUACUUUUAAACCAACUGAAUUCACUUUUGGCAGCUUAAUUACUACUGCUGCUAAUCAUGUUAAUUGUGGUUUGCUUUUACUUGAGCAGCUCCUGGCAAACAUUGAAAAGUCUGGACUCUUGGAAGACUUGUAUGUAGGCAGUGCUCUGCUCAGUGGUUUUGGAAGGUUUGGGUCUCUUGAUACAGCGUUGAAGGUUUUCAAACAGAUGGGUGCAAGGAAUGCAGUGUCCUUGAACGGGCUCAUGGUCGGAUUGGUGAGACUUGGUCAGGGAGAAGACGCAGCUAAGGUUUUCAUGGAGAUAAGAGACUUAGUUAAAAUCAAUCCUGAUUCCUUUGUGGUUCUUUUCAGUGCAUUUUCUGAAUUCUCUUCAUUGGAAGAAGGGGAAAUAAGAGGCAGAGUGCUACAUGCAUAUGUUAUCCGGACUGGUCUGUGCAACUCCAAGGCUGCUAUUGGAAAUGCUCUGAUUAAUAUGUAUUCUAAAUUUGGUGAAAUCCAAAUUGCCCAUUCUGUUUUCCAGCUCAUGGUCAAUAAGGAUUCAGUAUCAUGGAACUCUAUGAUCUCCGCUCUAGAUCAAAAUGAUUGUUUUGAAGAUGCAAUAUCAACCUUCCAAUCUAUGAGGAGAAUAGGUCUGAUGGCUUCAAAUUACUCACUGAUAAGUGCUUUAAGUUCUUGUGGAAGCCUGAAUUGGAUAAAAUUGGGGGAACAACUGCACAGUGAAGGGAUAAAGUUAGGACUUGAUUUUGAUGUAUCAGUGUCUAAUACUCUUCUUGCUUUAUAUGCUGAUACUGGAUGUGUGGCUGAAUGCAAAAAAUUGUUUACCUUGAUGUCAGAACAUGAUCUAGUUUCAUGGAAUACCUUUAUUGGUGCAUUAGGUGAUUCUGAGACGUCUAUUUCUGAAGCCAUAGAAUACUUCAUACAGAUGAUGUGUGCUGGAUGGAGUCCUAACAAUGUGACCUUUAUAAAUGUCCUUUCAGCAAUAUCAUCUCUUUCUCUUCUUGGUCUUGUUCGUCAAAUCCAUGCUCUGGUGCUAAAAUAUAGUGCAAUGGAUGCUAAUUCUAUUGAAAACACAUUUCUUGCUUGCUAUGGUAAGUGUGGGGAAAUGAAUGACUGUGAGAACAUAUUUUCUGAGAUGUCUGACAGGAAGGAUGAUGUGAGUUGGAAUUUAAUGAUCUCUGGAUAUUUACACAAUGAGGUCUUACCAAAAGCCAUGGACUUAGUCUGGCUUAUGCUGCACAAGGGUCAGAAAUUAGAUGGCUUCACAUUUGCCUCUGUUCUCAGUGCAUGUGCCUCAAUCGCAACAUUGGAGCAUGGCAUGGAAGUUCAUGCUUGUGCAAUUAGAGCCUGUUUGGAAUCUGACGUUGUUGUUGGCAGUGCUCUUGUUGACAUGUAUGCCAAAUGUGGAAGAAUAGAUUAUGCUUCGAGGUUUUUUGAUUUAAUGCCUGUUCGUAAUAUAUAUUCAUGGAACUCAAUGAUAUCUGGUUAUGCACGGCAUGGACACGGACAUAAAGCACUAGAGCUUUUUACAAAAAUGAAGAUGGAUGGUCAAACACCUGACCAUGUCACAUUUGUUGGUGUCUUAUCAGCUUGUAGCCACGUGGGAUUUGUCGAGCAGGGCAUGGACUACUUUGAUUCCAUGAGCAAACAAUAUGGACUGACACCUCGGAUUGAACAUUUCUCAUGCAUGGUUGAUAUCCUGGGACGAGCAGGGCAGAUGAAUAAAUUGGAGGACUUCAUCAAUAAAAUGCCAUUAAAGCCCAAUGCACUUAUCUGGAGGACUGUGCUUGGAGCUUGUGGUCGAGCAAGCAGUCGUAAAACAGAUCUAGGUAGGAAGGCUGCUCACAUGCUCUUGGAGUUGGAACCUCAUAAUGCUGUGAAUUAUGUGCUUCUUGCAAAUAUGUAUGCUUCAGGAGGGAAGUGGGAGGAUGUGGCAGAGGCUCGGCGUGCAAUGCGAGAAGCAACAGUAAGGAAAGAAGCUGGAUGCAGCUGGGUUAGCAUGAGAGAUGGUGUUCAUGUUUUUGUAGCUGGUGAUCAAUCUCAUCCAGAUAAACAUGCAAUUUAUGAAAAACUUAAGGAACUGCACAAGAGGAUUAGAGAUGCAGGGUAUGUGCCACAGAUUAAAUAUGCCUUGUAUGAUCUUGAACUGGAGAAUAAGGAAGAACUCCUCAGCUAUCAUAGUGAAAGACUUGCAGUUGCUUUUGUUCUUACACGGAAAUCAGAUAUGCCAAUCAGAAUAAUGAAAAACCUUCGAGUUUGUGGGGACUGUCACUCUGCCUUCAGGUACAUUUCACAAGUUGUUGGUAGACAAAUAGUAUUACGAGACUCCAACAGAUUUCAUCAUUUUGCUGAUGGAAAAUGUUCAUGUAACGAUUACUGGUGAUAGAUCAAAUGUUGUCUAACUUAAAGAAAGGUAUGCUACUUAAUGAUGCAUAAACAGACUAAGGAAUGAAAAAGUUUCAAGCAUGUCAUGUCUGAAGUAUAGGAGAGCGCAGUUUGCAAGGGUGUUGCAUCAAUUAUUCUGGUGAGGACCUCAACAUUAUUUAGUAAAGUAUGCCAUAAUCUUGGUGUGGUUUGAAUUACUUGCUAUAUUUCUGUAUCGUUUUAUGACAUGAAUCAGCUACAAUGAUAGCAAAUUACACCAUCAAAUAAAAGGAGUAUGGCGAAUGUAAGGAGGGUUGAGAAUAUCAAACCCUACGUAAGCAUGUAUCCAAGUUGUUGGCAGACAGAUAGUACUAUGAGACUCCUGCUGAUUUCAUCAUUUUGUGCACUUGCUUGGUGGUCAAUGAAGUUGGAAGGGACCACGGGAAACUGGGGUAAGAACUUCAAAUCCCUGCAGAGGCGAAAAAUUGUUAGGUGAUUUCUUCCCAUCUGGCUAAAGCUUGGUGAACAAAGUUACCCAUGUACAUGUAUUGGUGAGAAGCAGCAAGUACCAAGUGAAUCAGUCGAGAUGUGCACAAGUUGGCCCAUACACCACCACCAACACCUAAUAUGCCUCAGUCCCAAACAAGUUGGUGUUGGCACCACCAUUGUUAAAAAAAGAGGUUCUAUUUUUGCUGAUGGGGAGUGUUCUUGUGACAAUUAUUGGUAAUUCAUCAAAUUCUUCCAACUCAGAGCAAGGGGUGUUGCUUAAUGGGGAAUUUCAAAACAGACGAAGUAAUGGGAAGAGUUCAGCAUGUCAAUGAAGUAUGGGAAGGGAAGCAUUUAGUUUUAAGGGUUGAAUUAAUUAUUCUGGUGGUGACGUCAACCUGAAGUUAUGAAAACAUACCAUACUCCUGGUGUAUGGUUGAUACUUGCUAUAUUGUCAUAUUUCUUUGAUAUUUUAUUCUUGAAUUGGUUAGAGUGACAGCAAAUGACACCAUGAAAUCAAAGUUGAAUGUAUAGGGUAAACUGUAUCAAUGGUGCUCUUGCAUAAUAAAGGCCUUCGGGUUUGCAGGACAAUUUCAUUGUUCAGACUUCACAGAUCAUGUAAAGUCCAGUUUUUGAUCUCUGAGAUACUCAUCCUUCAGGCGAGUGGUUCAUGGGAAGGCUACUCUUGCAUUCUAGCUGAGCACACACCCAUGGUACUCCAUAGAUAUGGCAACUCGAGGAAGAAGUUAACAGCACCGAAAGAUGUUCAAUGUAAUUAAUCAAGUUCUAAUACCAUUUUGUUGAUCAAGGGCAGUACUGAGUCCGCUUGUCUGUGCUGCAAGUAGCUACAACUAAUGUUACAUUAUAGAUGGGCACAAUGACAUGAAAGAUCAUGAACAACAUUGUCGAUCAUUAUAAAAUGGAAUAAUGAAGAUGUAGGUUCCUUCAAUACCAAGACUGAUUCUUUAUUAGGAUUACUUUACAGAAUGAUGAAUGAGUUGGUUGAUUUCUCACCCUAGGAAAAACAUGUUUUGGCUAACACAAGAAUUUUUGUCUAGUGUUUAUGAUCAGGAUUAGACCCUGAUAUUGUUGAAGUUGAUUAUAUGGGACAAGACAGGUUUAAUUAUUUUACCAAUAUCUUGUCCGUAUUCUUUUUUGAACUAACAUGGGUAAUGCACGGAUAUCUUGCCUUAUGUUUGCAAUAGUUGUCACAUCCAAGUUGAUCAUAAUUACUUCACACUAAUGGUUACAAACGAACUGAUCUUGGAAACAAGUAAAAAGUAGAUACAACCAUGGCAACAGGGAUCUUAGAUAUUGUUAAAAAAGGUGAUGUGGUAAUACAUGGACUGGAUCCAAAGAUAUCACAAAAAUUGUUGAAAAGAGAAGAAACAAGGAGAAUCAUUUUUUUUUUAAUAAUAAAUGUGUAUUUGGAAUAAAAGGUAAAUGGUCUCUGAAAAAACAUCUUUAGGAAAAAACAUUCCUAUUUGUUUUUCCGGUCAACAUCUGAAUUGGAACCGUCGAUCUUGGCCAUUAAUUAUCCCUGUUGUCCUCUCUGCUCAAAAAAUUAUAGCAAAGACUUCAAGUUAACUUCCCAUGUUCUCUUCCUUCCUUUUGGCUGUCACUGUUGAGUGCCGAAUUACCCUUUAGUUAUUCACUUGAUCAUUGACCAGGAUAUGAAAAUGAUAGUAGCUCUUUGAAAAUACAAUUUGCAAUCAGCUCGCUGAGUUAGUUGAAGAUCAUGAUGAUGACUUCAGCAUUCCCAUGGGUAAGAAUCUGUAGAAGGUCAGUACCAAGUUCUUAACUAUUUCACAGAAGAAGAAGCACCAGAACACAAGCCUACAGGGAUGAAGCAUCUCAGAUGAAUUACUUUAUUUCUUUGUUGCAGUUGGAUCAUUUUCAUUCUUUCCCCCCUUGUUCAUUUAGGAGUUGAAAUCGAGAGGGGUUAUGCAGUUAUUUUCAUGACUUGUGUAAAUACUUCGCAGAUAUAUUCAAUGUUUCUGUUACUAAUAUAGUGAAACUGUGGAAGUUUGUGAAAGUUCUUGUUAACACUUGAGAUGAAUGGUCAUUUGGAGUUGUAGACUAACUGUACUUCAUACUAUAACAUAUGUACAGUGUAUCUUUAGUAACAAGAAAUUCUUAGCAAAACGUGAUCCACUGGGGGCAUUUUUCUCUUGCUUGAGUGUCCAUUUUCAUUCUGGGUGUCACCACAAGACUAGUGCUGGUUAAACAAGCUGUGUUUGUGAAUCUCUCAUGAUAGUGAAGCCAGUUCUGUUUAGUGCAUCUUCAGAUCACGUGCAGAUAUAAAGACUAGUCAUCGACUUCUGGGAAGGAGUAGAAGAAUGUGACCUAUUAUGGGACAUACGAUAUAUUACAGAUGUAUGAUCAUUACGCUUCAUCAGGGCCCAUUUUUCUUGGAGCAGAUAGAUGAAGAGGAUAACAACAAUCUCAACAGUAAAAGCCAGGUUCCAAACACUUGUGCUUCUCAUUGUUCUUGUGUAAUAUGACUGUAAACCUGUAUAUAUGUUGAUAAUUCCCAGUAAAGAAACUGUCACUCCUAGAAGCCAGUGAACUAAAAACCAUAUACUCCUUCCUUUGCUUUCUCUGUACAGGAAUCAAAAAACAAUACUUAAAAUUACUGAAAUUAACUUCGGAACACAAA